GCGGAGCGAGGCAGGCUGGGAGCGGCCGAGCGGGCGGAUGGCGGCGUUCCGAGCGCUGGGCCUGGCGCCCUGGCUGGCGGAGCAGGCGCGGCAGGUCGGGCUGACCCGGCCCACGCCCGUGCAGGAGGCCUGCAUCCCGCCCAUCCUGCAGGGUCGCGACUGCCUGGGCUGCGCCAAGACGGGCAGCGGGAAGACGGCGGCCUUUGUGCUGCCGGUGCUGCACGUGCUCGCCCAGGAUCCCUACGGCAUCUUCUGCCUGGUGCUGACCCCCACCAGGGAGCUGGCGCAGCAGAUCGCCGAGCAGUUCCGAGUCCUGGGGAAGCCCCUCGGCCUGAAGGACUGCGUGGUGGUGGGAGGCCUGGACAUGGUGGCCCAGGCCCUGGAGCUGUCCCGGAAGCCCCACGUGGUGAUCGCCACGCCGGGCAGGCUGGCCGAUCACCUCCGCAGCUCCAGCACCUUCAGCCUCAAGAAGCUCAAGUUCCUGGUGCUGGACGAGGCGGACCGGCUGCUGGAGCAGGGCUGCGCAGACUUCAGCGCGGAGCUGGAGGCGGUGCUGGGCGCCGUCCCCGCCCGGCGCCAGACGCUGCUGUUCAGCGCCACCCUCAGCCACGCGCUGCAGGAGCUGCAGAGCCUGGCGGGGAACAGACCCUUCUUCUGGGAGGCCGUGUCCGAGGUGAGGACAGUGGACGAGCUGGACCAACGUUACCUGCUGGUGCCCGAGGCAAUGAAGGAUGCCUACCUUGUCCACCUGAUCCAGACCUUCCAGGACCAGCACCAGGACUGGUCCAUUAUUAUCUUCACUAAAACCUGCAAGGACUGCCAGGUCUUGAACAUGAUGCUUAGGAAGUACAAAUUUCCUUCUGUAGCUCUGCAUUCCAUGAUGAAACAGCGGCAACGAUUUGCAGCGUUAGCAAAGUUCAAGUCCAGCAUCUUUAAGAUUCUCAUUGCCACUGAUGUUGCUGCCAGAGGUUUGGACAUUCCCACAGUACAAGUUGUCAUCAACCACAACACUCCUGGGCUGCCCAGAAUCUACAUCCACCGGGUCGGCCGGACGGCGCGGGCGGGUCGGAAGGGAAUGGCCAUCACGCUGGUGACACAGUACGACAUCCACCUCGUACAUGCCAUCGAGGAGGAGAUCAAGCUGCAGCUGCAGGAGUUCUCUGUGGAGGAGCAGCUCGUGCUUGACAUCCUCACCCAAGUGAACGUCACCAGGAGGGAAUGUGAAAUAGAACUGGAGGGAACGGAUUUCGAUGAGAGGAAAGAAAUAAACAAGAGGAAACAAAUGAUCCUGGAAGGGAAGGAUCCAGAUCUGGAGGCGAAGAGGAAGGCAGAGCUGGCCAAGAUCAGGAAGAAGAACAAGGAAUGUCGUGAGAAGCUCCAGGCGACGCUGCAGAGGAAGAAGCAGCUGAGGCUGAAGAGGAAACUGCAGAAGAAGAUGGAGCGGAGGAACAAACGGCUUGUGCAGGAGGAGAAGUAACAUCCUCUGGCCUUGCUGCUGCUUUGGGAAUACUGGGACCUCAUGUGUUUUAAUGUGGACAUUCCUGACCUGAAAUCAGUGUUGGAGAGUAGAGGGAAGGUCGGUGAUGAGAAGGGACUCUGAUAAACUACUCCUGUUAUCUUCCUCCCUGCUGCUGGCUUGGGCCCCUCCUGGCAGGCUGGGCCAGUCUCCUGAAGAAUGUCUUUCAAGAGCAGUUUCCUUCCUCCAGCAAAGGAGAGGCCAAACCUGAAUUCUUGGUGACGUGAAGGGAAAUAAAAAUCCUCUCUCUCUUCCCCCUUCAUUCAGUCAUUGCUCUUUCCCUUUCAAGGGCUGGUGCUUGCCACUCACACUUAUUUUUAUCAAGAGUCUCCCCUGAGCCAAAGUCUAAAAAUACUGUGACAAAAUGAGCACAGCCCCUGUCUGUGCCACAGCCCAGAGUUCUCUGAGAGGAAAAUUCCUGGAACACAUGGGGAGGUCACAGUGUGUGGCUGGGCCUGGGGUUGUCUUGGGAUAAUUCUGCUUUGCACACUGCAGUGAUUCUCUUGCCUGCCUUGGCUCAGCCCCCAGCCCUGGGCUGCUCUCCAUGGGGAUGGCAGAGUCACUGUUUGGAGAGCAGGGCUGUGGGGAUUCUGUUUUCCCAGGUGAUCACUUCAAAGAGCCCCAGGAGUAGGACUGCCUUGUUUCUUGUCCCAUCCAGGAGUCACUAGAGUGGUUUAUAGUUCAUGGAAUGGCUGAGGGUGCAAGGGGUCUUAAACAUCAUCUGGAUCCAACUCUGUGUGGGUCUGCUCUGUAGGUUUCUGGGUGGAUUUGCAUCACAUAUAUUUGGAAACAGGAGGAAUCCCAGAGUGACUGAGGCCAGAGUUUGGCCACUUCCCUUCUGAUGUCAGGUUUGAUCCUUGAUGCCUUCUUUAAUGGCCAGAGCUUUCUGUGAUGGAGACUGAAGACCUGUUAUUUCUGUCCUCUGGCUUACAAGAAUAGUUUCUAUGCUCAGUGCCCAAAUAAAUAUUUAUUGCAACAA